CUCCUGAAGAUCUCCAUGGCUUCAUAUGAAAAGAUCAUAGAAUCGUACAAGAGAGCCGUCACCACAGCCGCAUCUGUCGCGGCCUCUGCUAUGCUCCUCCGUGGGGUGGUCAAUGAGCUCGUCCCCCACGAAGUGCGGAACUUCAUCUUCUCCGGCAUCCACGAUCUGCGCUCUCGCAUGUCCUCGCAGCACACAAUCGUAAUUGAAGAGACCGAAGGGUACGCCAACAAUCAAAUCUAUGAGGCUGCGAAAUUGUACCUAGCAACACGCAUCAGCAGUAACAUGCAGAGGCUAAGGGUGAGCAGGGUAGACGAAGUGAAGAGCCUGCUAAUCAGUAUGGAGGAGGGGGAGGAGAUGGUCGACAUGUUUGAAGGUGCAGAAUUCAAAUGGCAGUUGGUUUGCCGGGAAAACUCCAGCGCCACUUCGAGCAACGGCAAUUCCCGACAGAUCGAAGUAAGAUCAUUUGAGCUUAGCUUCCACAAGAAGCAGAAGGAAGAGGCACUUCACUCCUACUUGCCAUUUAUAUUAGCAAGGGCAAAAGAAAUUAAGGAGAAGGAUAGAGUACUCAAGCUCUACAUGAAUGAAGGGGAUUCAUGGUACCCCAUAGACUUACACCACCCCUCGACGUUCGACACCAUGGCGAUGGAUACGGAGCUUAAGAGAGUGGUCAUGGAUGACCUUUUGAGGUUCGUGAAAAGAAAGGACUACUAUAAGAGAAUAGGCAAGGCUUGGAAGCGAGGGUAUCUGCUUUACGGACCACCUGGAACUGGGAAGUCGAGCUUAAUUGCUGCAAUGGCAAAUUAUCUCAAGUUUGAUAUCUAUGAUUUGGAGCUCACUGAAGUGGGUUGGAACAGCGCCCUGCAACAUUUACUGAUCGGUAUGUCCAACAAGUCAAUACUAGUCAUAGAGGACAUUGAUUGCACGAUCAGUCUCCAACAAAGGGACGAGAAUGAGGAUCGUAUUGCACCCACCAAUGACAAGGUAACACUCUCUGGUCUGCUCAACUUAGUUGAUGGGCUAUGGUCGACGAGCGGGGAGGAGCGGAUCAUCGUCUUCACUACAAACCACAAAGAGCGGCUCGACCCUGCGCUGCUGAGACCCGGACGAAUGGAUAUGCACAUCCAUAUGAGCUACUGUGGCGUCGAUGCAUUCAGAGUAUUGGCUUCCAACUACCAUGCCAUUAAUGACCACGAAUUGUUCCCAGAGAUCGAAGGGCUGAUAAGGGAAGUAGAGGUGACUCCAGCGGCAGUGGCGGAGGAACUGAUGAGGAGCGACGAUACUAAUGCUGCACUUCAAGGGCUCCUUGAUUUCCUCAAGGCAAAGAGAAAGGGUGACAAUGAAGAUAAAGUUGAGAAAGAAAAUGUUGAAGAUGAGGUAGAGAACCGGAAAUAGUAAGAUAGAGAUGAUAAAGAAAAUUCAGUUGGAGCCAAUGAUAUUAAGAAAGUACUAGAGAAAUUCUCGCUAUCAACAGUGUCAAUAAAUUGUAUGAAACUCAAUGGAAAAUAAGUUCAGUGACUUCCUUUUACUCUAAA